AAAUGUAGAUGGUGGAGUCGCGAGUGGGAUAUUAACAUUUUCGCAAGUUCCGUGUUUGUUUCGGCAGCCUUUGUUUCUUCCUUUUGUUUUUUGCUUGGAGAGAUGGCGGAAUGUGUACGUCUUAAAGAAGCAGAUGAGAGAGUGAAGAAUGGAAAUUGGAAGAGAUGGGGACCCUACCUCUCAGAACGUCAAUGGGGAACUGUUCGUGAAGACUAUUCUCCAGAUGGAUCAUGCUGGGAGUAUUUUCCACAUGACCACGCUAGAUCCCGUGCCUUCCGGUGGGGUGAAGAUGGAUUGCUUGGUAUUACAGAUAGGGAAUGUCGGCUCUGCUUUGGUCUGUCUCUCUGGAAUGGUAAAGAUCCCAUCUUGAAGGAAAGACUUUACGGUCUCACAGGUCCAGAAGGUAACCAUGGCGAAGACUGCAAGGAAUGUUACUACUACCUUGACUCCUCCCCUACCCACAGCUAUAUGAAGGGACUCUAUAAAUAUCCUCAAGGGGAAUACCCGUAUGCUGAGCUUGCAGGAGAGAACAGGAAGAGGAAUGUUCACGAUCCAGAAUAUGAACUUGAAGAUACCGGUACAUUCAACGAAAGCAAGUACUGGGAUGUUGUUGCGGAGUAUGCGAAGAAUUCACCAAACGACAUACUGAGUCGCAUCACGGUAUACAACCGCGGUCCCGAGGCAGCGACCAUUCACGUUCUGCCCACGUUGUGGUACCGUAAUACAUGGAUAUGGGGCUGUUCACAUGAGGGCUGUACCAUGAAACCUAAAAUGACGCUAAUGAAGAAUGGCAAGACCAUGUGCUCUCACGAAACAUUAGGCAAGUUUGCAUUUGUGUAUGAUGUGGGACCGGACGGUGAGAAACCAGAGAUACUCUUCACAGAGAAUGAAACCAACAUGAAGAAACUCUACGACGUUGAACAUUACACAAGCUUUGCCAAGGACGGCUUCAACUCGUACGUCAUAAAUGGUGAAAAAGAAGCAGUAGAUGUCCGUUGUCGAGGAACCAAGUGUGCCCCUCACUAUGUCAUAGAAGUAGCAGCCGGAGGGAAGGCCGAGGUGAGGUGUAGGUUCUUUGCAGAGAGUGAGGAUCCAGGGACUUACUUCGGUGCGGAAGCCUUUGAUGCUGUCUUUGACGCAAGAAUCAAGGAGACGGAUGAGUUUUAUAGUCGGGUCAUUCCAUCCAAUUGCAGUCGAGAAGAGCAGAGUAUGGCUCGUCAGUGCUAUGCAGGCCUGCUGUGGAGCAAGCAGUUCUACCAUUACAUUGUGGAGGGAUGGUUAGGAGGAGAUAAAAACAUGCCUACACCACCAGAGAGUCGACUACAGGGUAGAAACAAAGACUGGAAGCAUCUCUUCAACAGAGAUAUCAUCUCCAUGCCAGACAAAUGGGAAUAUCCAUGGUAUGCAUCAUGGGAUCUUGCAUUUCAUAUGAUCCCGUUUGCCAAGGUGGAUCCAUUCUUUGCUAAGGAACAGCUUCUUCUCUUCCUCAGAGAAUGGUAUAUGGCUCCAAAUGGUCAGAUACCAGCAUAUGAAUUUCAAUUUGAUGAUGUGAACCCACCAGUGCAUGCUUGGGCAGUGUUCAGGGUCUUCAAAAUGACAGGGGUCAGAGGUCAAAGAGAUAGACUCUUCCUAGCCAGGUGUUUCCAGAAACUCCUCAUCAAUUUCACAUGGUGGGUGAAUCGCAAGGAUCCCGACGGCAAGAAUAUAUUCUCUGGAGGAUUCCUUGGUCUUGAUAACAUUGGAGUCUUUGACAGGUCACGACCUUUACCAACAGGAGGUCAUCUUGAACAGGCUGAUGGAACAGCAUGGAUGGCAUUCUUCUGUGUGGUCAUGCUGGACAUCGCAUUAGAACUAGCCAGAACUGAUCCAGCUUAUGAAGACAUGGCCAGCAAGUUCUUUGAGCACUUUGUAGGGAUCAUUGAUGCCAUGAACAAAAUGGGUGAUGGUGAAGGACUUUGGGAUGAGAAGGAUGGAUUCUAUUACGAUGUAUUAAAGACUCCCACCUGUACCGUACCACUGAGGAUCCGCUCUAUGGUAGGAUUGAUUCCCCUCUAUGCCUCACUUACGUUGGAUGAGGAAGUGAUCGGGAAAUUACCAGGAUUCCAUAAACGAUUGGAUUGGUUCAUUAAGAACAGACCUGAUCUCUCUUCCCAUCUUGCCUUCCGGACCAGAGAAGACACUGGCAAAGGGCGUCACCUUCUAGGCAUUCCCUCACGCAAGAACCUGAAGAGAGUGCUCAAAUACAUGCUGGACGAAAACGAGUUCCUGUCUCCCUUUGGCAUCCGGUCAUUGUCCAAGAUCCACGCCAGCCAACCAUUCCAGUUUCACGUCGGAGGGGAGGAGUAUCGAGUAGACUAUGUCCCAGGAGAGUCCAAUACCUAUCUGUUUGGUGGGAAUAGCAACUGGAGGGGUCCCAUCUGGCUCUGUGUGAACUACCUGAUCAUCGAAGCCUUGGAGCGCUACGACUUUUUCUACGGGGAAUCUUUCAAGGUGGAGUGUCCCACCGGAUCAGGGAACAUGGUCCGUCUCAAGGAGGUUGCCAAGGACAUCUCAUCCCGCAUUGUCAAUCUCUUCUUACCGGAUGAGAGCGGUAAGAGGCCGUGCCAUGGGGACAGCGCCCUCUAUAGGGAUGACCCUAACUGGAAGGAUCUGGUUCUGUUCUACGAGUACUUCCAUGGUGAUACAGGACGUGGAGUUGGUGCAAGCCAUCAAACUGGCUGGACAGCCGUCGUGGCAGCUUGCCUUGACAGAGUCAAGAAGGAAUAGUCAAGAUGUUUGCCUUUUCCAUCAUGAAUCUUCUAUCUGCUUUUGAAGUCAGGUACUUAUGGCCUUCUUGCAUCGGCCUUAAUUAGUUUACUAGUUAUAUUUGCUGUAUGUAUUGAAAUUAUAUCAAUAAGUACUUUAAGAAACAAUCACAACUCUUAUUUAAACUACCUAGGUAUUAUAAUCCUUACCGAAUCAUGCGCUGAAAUUUUCACAUUAGCUUUAUUUUUUUGUAUAAAUUUCAUAAUUCAAAAUGGCCAAAAUUUCCAUUUAAAAAAUAUAUAUAUGGCCAUAUUGCUGCACUUUAAAACAUAUCUGAAAAGAAGUGAGAAAAAUUUGAAUAAGGCAAUCACAAGUAUGGCUGAGAGUGUUCAUGAGUGUAUUCCAUGAUAAUGGCUUACACAGUAAAUAGCCAUUGUGUGGCAUAUUCAUAACUCUUUUUUUUUUAGCUCUGUGUGAUCAUUUUUUAAUCACAAAUGGGGCUAGCAAUGGCGAUAGUUAUUGUUGUCAUAAGAUCUCGCUUGAAUGUGAAGGCUGGAAGUCACAAGAUGCUGUUGAGUCUAUGUGCUGAAACCGUGGUUUAAAUUGAGAAAGUGUGCAUUUCCGUGUUGGCGAUCCUAGGUGUGCUCACUUUUCAGCAUAUAUUUCAUGCUAUAACUGACAUACAUACAAGAGCUUGAUCUAGAUCUAUGAUAAUAUGUUGACAAUUGACUUUUGUUUUAAAUACAUUCCAAUGACACCUGUCUUUGUUAUGACCAAUUGAGUGUAGCUUUUGAUAGGCAUAAAUAAUCCUCAAAACCAUGGUUAAGAUCAUGGAUUAAUAACCAACCACAGUCCGACCUUUCUUAUCCUAGUCUCUCUAUUUUCCGGACGCACACUUGCCAAGAUUUUUUUUUUUAAUCUAGUACGUGGAGAAAUGAGAUUUCAAUCUUCAAUGUAAACUCAAAAUUCCUAUGCAAACUCACUUUGAUUACAUACAUUUUCCUAUAUAGUCUACCUACGACCACAUAAUUUUUAAUGAAAAUACUUUACCCAAAAUCAUCAAAAGAAUACAAGCAUUUUAUUAUUUCAUCACAUUUUCUUUUCUCCUGUGAAAAAAAACAACACAAGUCUCGCUAGCACACUCAGGUAAAAAAAAAAUACUGUCUGUAGGCCCACUAAAAUAGAUUAUGUGUAGCUAUCAUUUGUGAGGCAGCUGCGCAUAUUUAUUAUUGGGUCUCUGAGAUCCGGAUAAAUCCCUUAUCCGGAUUGGUGCUGGUCCCAGUGUGUCCGGAUAAGAGAGGUCGGACUGUAUGUGAAUUCGGACCAUAGAGAUUUAAGUGUGCUGUACUUUCCAUGGGUGCUUGGUUGAAGUUUCAAGGCUACAUCUUAGUCAUCAUGCAAAAUGCAACAAUGGAGUGCUUUUUUUCUUGCAUUGUAGGCUGAUCCAUUGACAGGACUGAACUUUUUAUUGUUUCCAGGGAAAUUGUUUAGCAUUCCAUUGUCAUGACGAUAGAGAUAUCAUCAUGAAGGAACAUGUAUUUUUAUGUACUUCAGAUAUUCUCUAUUUUUAGUUCAUUCAUCUUUACAUUGCUCCAUUAAAACAAUAUGAAAUGUGGAAAUGCAAACAAAAAUACAAUUAUAAACAAUUAGGAAUAAUAAUUAAUAAGGCCAUUAUCUAUGAUCUGGCGAAUUUUAGAGACUAGCAGUUGGCAUAGAGGGCUUCGCCCCCUCCCUUUUCCCAGUACUAAUAUACAAAAGUAAGGCUUACAAAAAAAAAAUUAAGAUAUAAUUAAUAGAUACUUAGUUUUUGUGAAGAAAUCUUGUGUUUGUCUGUGUUAAAAGUCAUUUUGUUUAGAAAAAAAGAAUACUGAAAAUCUCAUUAUACUUAAUGUUCAGAAAGAUAUAUUAUAAGAUUUUGGUGUGUUAAACAUCUCUACUAUUGUGCAUGAGAAAUAUUUAAAUUCCUUGAAAAGGAUUAGAAUUGAAUGUUUAGAAGUUAAGUGAUGGGAAUAGAAGAUUGAAAAAAUAGUGCCUUCAGACAGGUUGUUCUAAAAUGAGGAAUGCAAUUUGAUUGUUGGCAGAAUAUAUUAUAAUUCAUAUAGAUUCCUUUUAUAUUUUAUAGAGUUUUAUUACAUAUUGAUAACAUAUAUUUGUCUGUUCUUUUUCCAUUUGAUGAGGUCAAAAUGGUACCAAGUCUCUUAAUUAUUUUCUGUGUAUUUAGGAAUUUUGAUUUUGGGCCGUUUGUUUAAUUUGUUUUAUUUCUUAUUGUAGUCAUAAAUGAUACAACUGUGUCGCCUGGAGAAUAAUUAUUAUGCUGCACUUAAUGCAUUGGUUUACAUUCACAUGACUUUCAAAAAGUCUGAGAAUAAAAGUUACCUUUUGGAACUAAUUUUUCCUUUUAUGGUAAUUUUACUAGCCAGAUAACAUGAAUUGAGGUCCUUUUUUGUUUGGCUCAAAUAGAAUGCAUAAAAGGCAUAUCACACUGCCCCAGGCUUUUCAUUAUUUCAAUUCUAGUUAACUUUGUUCUUAAUAUAUGCCCAAUUGUGUAUGCAAUAUUUGAAAACAUCUAUAUUCUAGUGAAACAUGCUUCAAGACUUGAGAACAGAAUAUUUUGAACAACAUUGUUAAACAGUCUGACACUGUAACAUAGUAUUUUGUACAGACUUACAGACAUUACAAUCUUAUAUACAUACAUGUCAGAAGAGUUUAAAGUUUUUGUGCUAUUUUUUUCGAGCAUUAUACUCUGUCAUAAACACAAAUAUUAUAUUAUUACGCUCAAUCUAUGACUAUUGCCUUGUAUAUUUUAUUCAGAUGCGUUUGAAGGGGCAGUUAGCAAGCUCGUAUUUUUAUAUGCAAUCAUCACGAACUGUAAUAUCUUACAAUCACAUAAUUUAUCCACAGCGUGAAGUACAUGUUUGUUCUGUGAAAUCCAUGUAAAAUGACGGGAUAGUUUCUUAUCAUAUGCAAUACAUGUUAUAUCAAUCUGCUAAUUAAAUAGUGUUUAAAGAUAUUGAAAAUGAAUUUAGGCCCUUUGAAGAAAGGAUAUGAAUUUGAUAGUCAAAUGAAUUGCAUAUUUUCCACUUGCUGAUUUUAUUACUGCCUCAAAUAGCCUUAAUGAAAAUGAAAAGUUGUGAAGAACCCCAUUUCAAAGAGGGUCCUCUGAUUAGGAUAGAUGUCAAGAAAUUGGGCAUUUAAAAAGAAACAAAUAAGCUGUGUUUGUGUCUUUUUGAUACAAAACAAGUGGGCUCAAUUUCAGAGAAAAGCGAUCAAUAGAAUUCAAUGUAUCAAAUUCUGCAUUAAUGCCUGUUCUUGUAUGUAGAUCCUGUUUGAAAUGGAGGUUGUCAUAUUGUUGAACUCUAAGAAUAGAUGUCGAAGACUAUAAUAGUUUUGGCUUUAGAGUUGAUAUGGUCCAAAUAUACAAGUACUAGUCUACAGUAUAUAAGUAUUUUGCUCCUUUUUGGAAUGGUAGUUGUCAUAUGGCCUAGCUCCAUGAGUAUGUUACUUUGACUUUUGACUUUAUACAUAUGUUUUGACAAAAUUUGUUUUAUCAUCACUGGAGUGUUAGAAUCUUGUAUCUCAAAAUUUAACAUUUUUUGGAUACGCUGCAAAAGAGCUGUAUUUAGAGACAUGGCAGUACUUGGCAACCUCUUAUUGUCUGAAAGUAGUCUUAUCAUUUGUGUAGAGAAUUAUGUCAUAUCUCCAAAAUCAACAUUAUUUGGGUUAAAACAAAUCUCCAACACUACAGGUUCAAUUUAUUAGCUCAUUUGAUGCUCAAUCAUUCAUACUUGAAUGUUUAGGGGCUUUGUUGUAGAGCCAUGUCAAACUCGGUUUGGGAGUUCAUAUGCUUGUAUGAUUUAUAUGAAAUACUGUCAAUUCUGUCUGUCAAAUCAAUCAAUAAUUACAGAAGUACUGUAGCUCACUCUUACUAAUUAGGAAAAUGACCUGAGUAAAACAGAUAAUGUGGAUCGUUUUGGCCCAGUGGAUAAGUCUUCUGACUUUGAAACAGAGGGUCGUUAGUUCGAAUUCCAGCCAUGGCGUAAUUUCCUU